CAGCAAAGCAGCUUGGCCAUGACGCCCUGGCUUUACUUGCUAGUUCUGCCCUGGGUAAUCUUUGGUCAGCACUGCCUUCCUGAUGCCAUUCCGGAAGCCGAUCGUAUGAACAUCACGUUGGACGGUUAUUCCAUGCCUCUGGGAAUAUGGCAGCUAUCAUGGGACACUUCGCUGAUCAUGGGCAAAAUCUUUGGAAUUUUGGUCUCUGAAAUGUUGGGCUACCACAUUCGGUAUGGCACAGGUUCUGGAAGCUUUUCCAUUGUUUGGACUCUGGGAGGUUGUCCCUCAACUACUCCCAGUGACAUCCAGGCUGAGUGUCGUCCACCUCGCCGUUGGCAUUUUUCCUUCGAGAGUUGGCAGCAAGGUCGGACAUAUUUGCCUCCGACUUUAUUGGCCAUGGGUCAGUAUGCUCCAAUCAAUCUGGGCAGUGGGGGCUACACAGGAUUUCAAGGCCUUUUUGUGAUGUCUCCACCAUCUGUGGCCUCCCAAGCCGCCACGGGUUUGCCGUUGACCUACUUCAGCCAUUUCAACGCUUCUUGGUUUCGACCGCAGCGCUUUGCGAUGAUUGUGGGUGAAGUGAACAUGAGCAGGCUAUCACGAUGCUCAGAAUCUGUGAAUUCCGCCUACCCUCUUCUAGGCCAAGAGUACUAUGAUGCGACUGGCGACAAAGAUGGUGUAGAGUUGCAGGAUGGCAGGAACAUAUUGAAGUGCUGGGAGGAAAAGUGGUGGGUAGCUCCGUCUUGCCGUGGAAACAUCUCCGACUGUCUGGCCGUGGUCACAGGAGGCUCAGGCUGGGGGAUGUAUGAACUGCCGCAGCAGGCCUUUUUCCACAACAUGCCCUUGGCCUUUGCCACUGCAGCUGCCAAACAGUAUGUCCCUUUGAACCGUGACCUGCAAUCUCUGCUGUAUUGGUGGACUCCCGAUGCCUCCUUCAUCGAUUUUGACCCAGAACGAGUCCUGUUCCCCACGCAUGACGCGCAAGAGUUCCGGCGUGGGAUUUACCGCAGCAUGCCGUCAGAUGUGGUGCUGACGAAUUGGGCAGCUGGGGGACUGGAUAGUGAGAUGGCGCAAGAUGCAGAGGGGCCAUUGGCUUUGGCCAGCAACAUGCAGCUGUUUAACAGCGAUAUGGUUGGCCUGUUGAAGGAGAACCAAAAGCUGGACAUCGCCGAUGGUGAGAUGCGAGCCUGGGAAACUGCUUGCAACUGGCUAAAGACGAAUAGAAAUAGAAAUUUUUGGCAUCAGUGGGUCCCUCGUGAAACAGAUUGCGCCCGCGGGCAGGGACUUGUGGAUGCCUUGGGUGCAUUUGUGACCAACGUGUCGCAAGCUUUGAAAUGCGCAACAUGCCCGUCUGGCUACGCGGCCUUGCAACACAACGGCCAGCGCAUUUGCUCCCCGUGUCCUGCUGGAUUUUUCCAAAACUUUCCAGGAGAGUCCAGCUGCCUCCCCUGUGAACCAGGCAGCAUUGCCAUGGAGGAAGGCUCCAGGGAGUGCCAGCCCUGCCGGCUAGGAGAGUUUGCCAAUGGAAGUGCCAUGACUUCCUGCUAUCGCUGUGGACAGGGUGACCAUCGGGAUAGGUGGACCACCAGUCAGCUGGUGGUCUCGCAGGGUGACCUGGAGAAGUGGAUUCAGGUGCAGGGAGCCACUUCUCAGGACUUCUGUGCCUGCGAGGCUGGAAGCUUUUUGUUCCAAAGCUCCUGUAUGACUUGCAUGGAGGGAUCCAGCUGUCCAGGCUCCAACAGCCUUGAGCUCCUGCCAGGCUACUUCUCUACAGCAGAGGAACCAGGCGAGGUCUUCCAGUGUUUCGGGAAUUCCAAACGAUGCCCGGGAGGUUUACCCGGAACUUGUGCCUUUCAGCGAGACCCGACGAGUGUGACCUGUUCCAAGUGCAUUGAUGGCACACAUGCAGAGGCAAAUGGCACCUGUGUAUCUUGUAGUGGCCGCCAUGUGGCCAUUUUCCUUACGGUGACUUCAAUGGCAAUGCUGUCUUUGUUGGGGCUGUACCUGAUCUUGCUCAAGAUGAAGUUGCGCCAUCCCACUUCGUUGCUCAUCGUGUCAAUUUCGCUGUCGCAAAUGAUCUUCAUCGCACAGAAGUUGACAGUGCUCUUCCGGUUCAAGAUUGAAUGGGAAGAGCCGUUCUUGAACGUCUUGCGGGUCUUGGAAUUAUUGGCCUUCGAUCUGAAGAUUAUUUCCAUUGAUUGCAUCUCUCCCUUGAAUUCCACCAUCGAGUUUUCUGCCCGAGUGAUGGUGGUACCAAUGUUCUGCAUCGUGGUUUUUCUGGUGCACAUCUUGCAUGCAUGUUUACACCGCACGCACUUCUUCAGCAAGAUCCAACUUGCUCAGCUUACGAGCACAGUUGGUACGGUCUUCUCCAUUUGCUUCAUCCCAGUCUUCUCUUCGCUGCUGGCUCCGUUCCAGUGCCAGGAACAUCCAAACAGAAAGUUCACCCUGCAGGACUAUCACGGUGUUUUCUGCAAUUUCACUGAGGAGCACUUGCAGAUGUGCAUCAUUGGUGCAGUCGCCUGUUUGUUGCCCAUCGGAUUUUUGGCCCUGUGCACCUGGGUCGUUCUGGUGGAGGUGCCACGGAGGCAGAGUCGCUCAGACCUCAGUUUCUUGCGCGCUUGGUCUUUCCUCUUCAUCCGCUUCCGGCCUGGAACACAGGUCUUUUCGGUGCUCUUCUUGGUACGAAAUGCAUUGGUUGUCCUUUGUCAACUUCUUUCGAAUGAGUCUGCGAAAGUGGUCCUUUUGAAUCUCAUGCUAUAUAUCAGUCUGAUUCUUACGGCUUACAAAAAACCUUGGCGCUUCAUGGUUUGCAACUGGUUGGAUAUUUUGCUACUUACUGGACUGAUGGCGAUUGUAGAUAUGGGAGCUGUCACCAUGCGUGACAGACCCCAGACGGCAAUGAUCAUUUGCAUUUGUUUCUUGAGCUGCAUGAUGGCUGCGAUCCUAGCUGCAGUUGUCUUUGGAGCUUGGAAAUAUGCAAGGCAAAAGUACCGCAAGCGCUUCAACUUUUUCAUAACGCACCAGAAGUCUGCGGCAGGUUGCUUUGCGCGGCUGCUAAAGAUGGAACUGGUGGCAGCUGGAAAGACAGUUUUCAUCGAUUCAGAUGACCUGGUUGACGUGAGCUGUUUGUGCCGCUAUGUGAGCCAAGAUACGCAGAAGCUGUUGAUUUUGGCCACGCCGGAGAUCGUGAAACGCCGCUUCUGUCUGGCAGAAAUGGCUACCGCCCAGCUCUGCGAGGUUCCUUCCAUUGUGCUCACUUGGCCAAAGUUCCAAGUCCCAGACGAGAACUUCAUCAAGAACUUGUCUCAAGAAGUGGAGAUUUUGAAUGAACUCGCAAAGUUCGGCAUCUUUCGGGCAGAUAUCGAGGGCACUUUGUGGUGGCUACAGAUUCUAGAGUCUAUCAAGAUUCCAACAGAGCUUACAAGGGAGGAGCUCGGACGUAUCGUCGGGAAGCUCACAAACACGGUCCCCAAAAUCAGCGGAUUUGCAAGUGGGGAGACGGAGCUUCCUGUACUCGCAGACCCAGAAAAUUUAGAGGCUGUGUCUGCUGCAUUGAUUCUCCUGAAGUGUCUACAGCCACAGCUAUCCCUGGACGAUGUCAUGCCCAAACUUCUCUGCGAUGACAUGAAAGUGACGCGGGCGAGAACGGCUGUUUUGAUCAUCACCAAAGGCUGCUUUGGCUCGCCACGUUUUGCACAUUGGCUUCUGCAGGUGCAUUCGCAGCAGUGCAGCAUCGUGCCGGUCAUUACUGAGGAGAAUCACGACAGCCCAUCCAAGGAGGAGCUCCAUAUUGCCAUAGCGCCUUUGCAGAUUGAUGCUGUCCUCUAUUUGCACGUGGUGCAGGCAGUCUUUAGAGAGCUCUCCGUGAGGUUUGUGCCUGCGAGCUUUUCCAAUAGUCAGCAGGACUUAGAACUUCAUGCGAAGAAGGUGCACAGUCGUUUGACUUUCCAGGGCAUGAAUUUGGCGCAGCUGGUUUCAUUGGAGGUGAAGGAUGACGAUGAUGACUAUGAUGCCUCCUCUGUAGCUACAGAAAAAACUUGAAGCUAUUCUCCGCUCGUUCCAUUAGGAAAGAGCCUUUCUUGGGCGAUGCGAGUCUGGGUGAAUCAUUGAC